AGUGUUAUUCUUUUCUUCGCCCAGCAGAAGGUGCUGUGCUGUCUGUUGAAUUAAUUGUCGGUGGAAGCAUAUUUUGCUGUCAGAUAGCGGAAUGGCUACCGUUACGUUGCAGUCAUUUAAUGUGUUCCUGACGGAGAGAUUAACCGCAGCCGCGGUUGACAUUUAUGGCUUUGUGGAAAAGACUGUGCUGGAGUACCAGGACGAGGUUUAUCGAACCAAGCUGGAGAACCAGCGGCUGCAGCGGCUGCUGGAUUUGGUCUACAAACCAGAAAUUAUACUGCACAGAGCAGAUGCCAAACAGACAUCAAACCCUGCACCAGAGGAGACAUCCCCGAAGCAGGAAUGGAGUACAGCUCUGAGCCAGGAGGAAGCAGGACCUUCUGAGAUUAAAACAGAGGAGAAGGAUGAGGUGUGGAUCAAUGGAAACGAGGAACAAGCUUCAGCGGAGGACAGCGACGACGGAGACGACCUGACUAAAGUGCUCAUCAAAACGGUGCAGCAGUUAGAGGAUUGCCGAGCGGCCGAGGAGAGCAGUGAGCCAAAGCAAAUCACAGAGGAGGAACCAGAGUGCUCCGAGGAGAAAGCAAGCGCCACAUUUUACCGCUGCCACAUAUGCAAUUACAUUUUCACCAAAAAAACGGUGCUAACGUGGCACCUGAAGACGCAUGAAAGCCGGGGGAAUUUUGACUGUCAGAUAUGCGGCAAACAUAUCCCCUGUCAGAGCAACCUGCAGAACCAUAUGAGAGUCCACACGGGAGAGAGACCCUACAGCUGCGAGUUCUGCGGCAAAUGCUUCAAAUUGAAAGGACACAUGACGGAACACAUCCGGACUCACACCGGGGAGAAGCCUUUCAGCUGCCACAUCUGUGACAAAUCCUUCAACAGAGGCUCCACUCUGAGGAAACACGUUUUGGCCAAACACAAAGAGGAGAGGCCGUACAAGUGCGAGGACUGCGACGAGCUGUUUACCGAACGGCUGCUGAUGAAGAGCCACAUGCGAAGAGUUCACGGCGUCAAACUGUCCACAAGUCAAAGCCCCGGAUAAAAGAAUUCCAACACCAUGCUGGCUUUGUCAAAUCUGUCAUAUGACAGGAAUACACUACAAAAACAUCCAAAAUAAAGAUAAAAGUACAAAAAUACAGUACCGUGUAUACUAUUACUUUCAGUAAUAGUAUAUAUAGUACUGCAUUUUUACAUCAAACAAGAAACUUAGUCAGGUUCAAGUAUUUGGACAAUUCAUUUAAUAUUGCCUCUGUGCCUCAUUGCGAUAUAGUUGAAAUGAAACAAUCACGAUGUGCUUGUACUGUCUUUCAGUUUUAAUUCAAGAGGUUCAACAAUAAUAUCACAUUAACCAUUAAGGAAUUACAGACAUUUUUACUCAUAGUGCUGUUUUCAGAGUCCAUAAGUAAAUGGGUAAUUAAAUAUAAAUUUCAUGGUGGAGAGGCAUAGAGGAUUUUUUCAAAACCAUGAAUGUUUUUGAGCUACAGGUUACCAGAAGGUAUGUUGAUCAGCAUUGAGUGGAUCUAUUUUCCUCCAUGAAAAUGCUCUGUGUGCCAUUCUGCAUGUUCCAAUGACCUAAACUAGAAGUCGAGGUAUACAUUUUUGCACUGACUGGGUUUGAUAGCAAGCUAUCGUUGGCUUGCCUACACGGCGUGUCAGCCACUUGGGUAACUUUUACUCAUUUAGAUCAUCAGCAUGGACCAAUCCCGCUUUGUUUCAUAAGUUUAGCGUCACAGGCACGCUGCGAUAACAGGCUCCAUCGGUUAUCAAUCAAUGUCACAAUCACCGCUGCAGCAAAACCAGUUUAAAAAAAUUAUUUUACUCUCCUUUGCUUCAAAUAAAUCCCGUCAUCUGCAGCAAAGCAAGUUUUAAAAAUGUGUUUUGCUCUCCUUUGCUUAAAAUAAAUUUGGUUUGUGAUGCAUGGUGCACACCCUUCAUACUGUCUAAUCAGGCAGGGGUUUAGACAUAAACAAGCUUUCUGUCCGUUGUGCCUGUUUUCCUCUUUGUAAUGGAGACAGUACAGGUGUGUAGCCAGAGGGCCAAGGAAAUGAAAGCUCUCCCCCUCCACACCCCCAUCACAAGGCACUUUAAAGACAAUUUUGACGUAAGGAAAAAUGUAUUUUAUCAACUAAAACAAAGUUCAAUGUAUUUUUAUCAACUAAAACAUUGUUCAGUCAAUAUUACUCUGAGUGUGUUCGUUUUACUUCUUUAGUACUACACUAAGAAAACCCAUUGAAUUAAAUGUAAACAUCUACACUUCAAGCACACCAUGGUUAUUUCAUUUCGGUAUUAAUGCUGUGAUGUACAGAGACAAAAUUACAAGAAUCAUAUCACUGUUGAAAUACUUGUGGAUCUGACUGUACAGUGGACUCCCAAACAUUCAAUAAAAACCUUAGAGCGUUUCUUUCAUGUUAAUAUCUACAGUUUGCUCUGUUUAUAACUUCUAGUAACAGUUAAUAUUAACCAUCAAAAUUUUAAAGUGCAACAUAAAAAUGACUGGUUAUUAAAAAAUCUACACCACAGCUAUUUCUAUAAUUUAUCUAAUAACUACCAAUCCCACAAGUUAAACCUGUUUACAUGCAAUGUAAUCCAUCUUUAUAUUCAUUGAUAACUAGUGAUUCCUAUGUUGCACUGAAAUUUUGUGUUGUAUACUUAUAUAUGCUAUAUAUGUGUUGUAUUUUUUUCUUGUGUCAAAGCUCAGUCAUGUUAUAAACCUUUUGUAAACCAGGUAUAUGAACCUGAAAAUAUGAAGCCUGAAAACAAAAAUGGACAGAAUGCACCACUGUAGUAUUUCAUUUUUAAGUAUCACUUAAAGGUACAGCAGUCACCAAAUGUUUAGGUGGGGUACCCUGAGCUUUCAUUUAAGGGUGACUGAGCAUUUAGACAGCAAACCUCAACGUGUACAUUUUCUGAAGAUUACAAAUUGUACAAGCAACAAAUUGUGUAAGGGCAAAUACAUUGCCCACAAAUGCGAAUUUUCAGCCUCAUGCUGUUUUUGUUUUGAAACAGUACAUGUUCAUGGUUUUAAAACAAAAAUGCUGCUCUGAAAAAUAGUAAAAGGGGUGUAAUGUUGAAUUUCAACAAACUGCAGAAAUGUGAAGAUGGUCUCUAAGGAGCAACAUGUCUGUUACCAUCUUGAAUGAAUCCAGGUUUUGCGGUUAUGUUUUACUUUGUUACAUAUUGUACCAUAAAUAAAAACUAGUAUUCACUUAA